CCGACCAUGGUGGGUAUAGGGUCCCUGCUCCUGCUCUGGGGCCUGGUGACUCCGUGCUGGGGACUGCUUGAGACAGUGGGCACACUCGCUCGGAUCGACAAGGAUGAGCUUGGCAAAGCCAUCCAGAACUCGCUGGUCGGGGGGCCCAUUCUGCAGAACGUGCUGGGGACCGUCACGUCCGUGAACCAGGGCCUCCUGGGCUCGGGCGGGCUGCUCGGAGGAGGCGGCCUUCUGAGCUACGGAGGGGUUUUCGGAGUUGUGGAAGAGCUCUCUGGGCUGAAGGUGGAGGAACUCACGCUGCCCAAGGUGUUGCUGAAGCUGCUGCCGGGGUUUGGGGUGCAGCUGAACCUGCACACCAAGGUGGGCCUGCAUGGAUCCGGCCCCCUGGGGGGCCUCCUGCAGCUGGCGGCCGAGGUGAACGUGUCCUCGCGGGUGGCGCUGGGUAUGAGCCCACGCGGGACGCCCACGCUGGUGCUGAAGCGGUGCAGCACGCUCUUGGGCCACAUCAGCCUGCUCUCGGGGCUGCUGCCCGCACCGCUCUUUGGGGUUGUGGAGCAGACGCUCUUCAAGGUGCUGCCAGGACUGCUGUGCCCCGUGGUGGACAGUGUGCUGGACGUGGUGAACCAGCUCCUGGGCAGUGUGCUGGGCCUGGUGCCCCUCGGGGCUCUAGGGUCUGUGGAGUUCACCCUGGCCACGCUGCCCCUCAUCUCUAACCAGUACAUCGAGCUGGACGUCAACUCCAUCGUGAAGAGUGUAGCUGGUGACAUCAUCGACUUCCCCAAGCCUCGCCUCCCGGUCAAGGUGCCGCCCAAGGACGACCACACGUCCCAGGUGACGGUGCCUCUGUACCUCUUCAGCACCGUGUUCGGGCUCCUGCAGAGCCAGGGCGCCCUCGACAUAGACAUCACCCCUGAGCUGGUUCCCAGCCGCGUCCCUCUGACAACCUCAGACCUGGCGGCUCUUCUCCCUGAGGCCCUGGGGACAUUGCCCUUAGGCCAGCACCUCCUGCUGUCACUUCGGGUGAAGGAGCUGCCCACAGUCACGCUCCAGAACAAGAAGGCCACGGUCACCAUCCCAGCCAACAUCCACGUGCUGGCCUCUGUCCGUCCAGGGGCCCCUGAAGCCCUCUUUGAGCUGAACGUGGUCAUGACCCUGAACGCCCAGCUGGCUCCGUCGGCCACCAAGCUGCACAUCUCCCUGUCCCUGGAGCGGCUCAGGGUCAAGCUGGUCUCCUCCGCCCAGACUUUUGACGCAUCACGUCUGGAAGAGUGGCUGAGCACCGUGGUCCGCGUGGCAUAUGUGCCGAAGCUCAACGUGGGCCUGGAUGUGGGAAUUCCCCUGCCGAAGAUUCUCAACGUGAACUUUGCCACGUCGGUCCUGGAGAUCAUCGAGAAUGCUGUUGUGCUCACUGUGGUGUCCUAA